AUGAGUCAUCCACACUCGACCCGAUCUUUCUCCCUGUUUGGAAAUCCUUUCCGGAUGAAGUCACAUAAAGAUCUUGAGCUGCCCGUGAGUGUUUGGGAUGACAAGUGGGUUGAUGUCUACUUUGACAUAAGUACAAAGUUACUAGACAUUUGCAACGCAUUUAGUUCCGAGCUUUCACGACUGAAUCAAGGCAAUCUACCGCUUAAGUGUGCCCUACACAUUUUAGAACCAGCCUCAUCAAAGUCGUUUCCUCGGGCCUGUUCUUUGCUCGGUGAUUGGAGGCAUCACAUUAAUGCUAAGAACCCUAGAAUUGAGAAAUGUAGCACCAUUUUAGAUAGUCUUGUGGGAUCACUUGAUCUUCCUAAGGUUAAAAACUCUGCCAAAGGUAAGGUUUUGAUGCAAGCUAUGUAUGGAGUCAAGGUGGAGACUGUAUUUGUUUGCAGCGUGUUUUCGGCAGCAUUCUCUGGCACUUCAAAGAAGUUGUUAGAUUUGGAUGUGCCCGAGAUGCAUUCAUGGGCUCCAGCUUUCAGAAGUUUGCAGAAUCUUGUAAAUGAGGAAAUUAGAGAUAGGUUUUCCAGUGGGAAAUUUUCUGUAUUGAACGAGAUGGAAGCGGUUGAUGCUGUUGUGCAGGAAUUAUGUCCAUCCAUCCAAGGCGGUGUAAAUACCGAAGACAAAGUUGAGCAAGAAUCACAUCUGAAGACUGUUGAGGAACUAGGCGCGGCUGCAGAGAAGCUUUCCCAAGGAAUGGAUCUUCUUGCAAAGGCAGUAGAUGGUUUCUUCCAAGCAGUUUUGACUAGCCGUGAUACUUUGCUAUCAUCUCUGAGGUUUGACAAAACUGUAAAUGAUCGUGUCGUAGGUGGCCGCAACAUAGGUCAGCAAGUAGUCUACUGA